AUGCGCGGAAACCGAUUUACCCAGCCUCCCAAUGAGGAGCGCGGCCCCGAUCCAGAAACCUUGAGUAGAUUCAUCCAUGCCAUGAAUGAACGCCGCAUCAAGUCUCUUAUAGAAGGUCUAGAGGACAAUAAACGUGAGCUGAAGGAGAAGAAUCGAGAGCUGGCUACCGAACAGCUUGUGUCUUCCAACUUGCGAACUGUCAUUGACCAACAGAAGACGAAGGUCGCAAAGUUGAAUGACGAGAACAAUGAUUUGCGCCGUGCUCUAAGCACUGUCGGCGGUCAGUUUUUCCGCCAGGUCAAGGAGACUAGGAGCAAGAUCACAGAGGUACUGGACACCACGCAGCCGCACACCUUUGGCACGAACAAAUUCAAGGGCCAGGAAGAGUCCAGUGCAACGACUGCCACGACUGCCACGGACAAUUAUCAGCUCUGGUACGAUACGAUCGUGGAUCCCGAUUGCAGCACUCAAGAACUCGCCGAGCAGCUCGACUGCGCUGCCACCCUAAUGGCGAUGUCACGCGGAGAAGUUCUUGGCGUUUGCGAGGGGGCAGAGGCCACCCAAGCCAAGCCUGCUUCUGCCGUUACUGGUGAUGACGACCACCGAGCCCCGAUACACGUUCCUAAGAAGCAGCGUCGUGCUAAGAAGGACAAGAACAAGAAUGGAUCUAACUGA